AUGUCAAAUGAAACAGCGUCUAUGAGAGAAAUACAACACAACCGACAACUCAUUAUGCAAGCUCUAAAUAAGAACACAACAAACUUUUCAAACUAUUCUAAGAUAUCUGAGUCAUUGAAAGAAGGAAACUUAAAACUGACAUUAAACCCAAUGACAGAUGAGUUUCUGUUUCAAGACAAUAAGAACCAUACUGUCUGUAUAAAUCCAACAAAAGGAACUUUAAACGAGAAACCUAUAAAUGAACUUCUUUUGAAAACAGAUGUUGACAACAAAGCUGACAAAGAAUAUGUAGACGAUGCAAUAGCAAAAGAAGAAGAAAGAGCUAACAAUGCUUAUGCAACAAAAGAACAUACUCAUCCUGAACUAGCAGACAAAACAUAUGUUGACAAUAAAAUGUCAAGUGAAGUGACAAGAGCUGAAAACGAAUAUUCUAAAAAGACUCAUACACAUACCAUUGCAAAUAUUACAAACUUACAAGAAACCUUAAACAGGAAAAGUGACGUUGGACAUACACAUACAAUUGCAAAUAUUACAAACCUACAAGAAACCUUAAACAGGAAAAGUGACGUUGGACAUACACAUACCGUUGCAAAUAUUACAAACUUACAAGAAACCUUAAACAGGAAAAGUGACGUUGGACAUAUACAUUCUAUAUCUGAUAUUACAAACUUACAAGAAACCUUAAACAGGAAAAGUGACGUUGGACAUACACAUACCAUUGCAAAUAUUACAAACUUACAAGAAACAUUAGAGACAAAAGCAAAUAAGACUCAUACACAUUCUAUAUCUGAUAUUACAAACUUACAAGAAACCUUAAACAGGAAAAGUGACGUUGGACAUACACAUACAAUUGCAAAUAUUACAAACCUACAAGAAACCUUAAACAGGAAAAGUGCCGUUGGACAUACACAUACAUCUUCUGAAAUAACAGACUUAAACGUUAGCCUUGAAAAGAAAGCAGAUAAAACAUAUGUCAAUGAAAUAUACCAAAGUUUGAUAGGAACAAAAAAUAUUGAAACUAUUGUUGGUGACUUUUCUUUCAAUGAAGAAAAUAAAUAUUUUAGAUGGCAGUUUGUACAUUCCUUAAAAAAUGGUACACGGUGUAAACUCAUUCCGAAAAAUAACAAUGAAAUGUAUGUAAGCUAUAAAAAGAAUGAUGGUACACAAGUUAAAGUUCCAUUAGACAACAACUGCUACUUAAACUUAUAUGGAGACGAACAAAAGAAAUAUUUAAGAGUUUAUGAAAUGACAGAUAUGACAUUGCCUGACCCAGCUCCAGCACCAUAUUAUUAUGACUAUGGAGAUGACGUCAGAACACCACAUGUAGAUGAACAAAAGCUAACAUUAUAUUUAGAUUAUUAUAGAUAUAAAAGAUAUAAUGCAAUAGAAAAAACGAGAAUAGUAUACUAUUAUGAAGAUGACAGAAAUAAAUAUUAUAGUCAAGAUUUUACCUACCCUGAAAACAUAAGAUUAUAUUAUAAAAAAUAUUCUGACACAAACCAGAAGAAACCUGAAAUAGUUGCACUAUAUUUUAAGUUCAAAAGAGACAAUCCUAUAAUGUCUCAUAUGUUUGAUUUAAUGAACCCAGUAGGUUCUAUUUAUACAUCUAUGGAAGCAAGAGGUCCUCAAGUAAUGUUUGGUGUUGGUGCAUGGGAACAAAUAGUCGACAGGUUUUUGUAUUGUGCAAACUCUUCAAAGGAAACAGGUGGAAGUAAAACGAUUUCAGGUGAAAAUUUACCUGCACACAGUCACUACAUAGAUUUAAGUACAUCUCAAGCAGGUUGGCAUAAGCAUAGAUAUUGGGAUUGGUCAGGAAUGACAAAAGGUAAAGGAUAUGAUGUUAAAGACGACGUUAAGUUUGCUAUAAAUUGUUACUGGGAUGACACUCAGGGAGAAGGAAACCAUACACAUUUCGUUUCAGGAUAUACACAAACAACGGGACAAAGUAAAGAAUACAUGCCACCUUACAUGACAGUUUACGCAUGGUAUAGAAUUGCUUAG